UGCGCGGCCGCCGCCGCCGCCGCCGCCGCCUCAGCAACCUCGGCGGGGAAUGUCACCGGUGGCAGCGGGGCCGCGGGGCAGGUGGACGCGUCGCCGAGCCUGGGGCUGGAGGGCGAGCCCACUCACCCUUUCUCUAAGGCGACGGCUCCCACGGUCCAGACACCGAGGACCCGACCCCCGCGCGCUACCGACCACCGACCCCUGACUGCGUCCUCUUCAGCUCAGCCCCCGGAGACCAACCCUCCUCCGGCGACGACCGGACCCGCUCUGACCACCUUUCAGGAGCCGCUCGGCCCCUCCUCGUCCACCCCUCCGGCGGUGGAAAGCACUCCGACCACCCCUCGGGCGCCCACCCGACCCGCGCCCACCACCCUCUCCACGACCACUGGCCCGGCGCCGACCACCCCUGUAGCGAUGACCCCGACCUCUGUUCUCCCCCGGAGCAGCAGCGUCCCGCCCACCCCACCUGCCACCGAGGCUCCGCCGUCCCCUCCCCCAGAAUUUCUAUGUAACUGCUCUGUGGUUGGAAGCCUGGAUGUGAAUCACUGUAACCAGACCACAGGGCAGUGUGAGUGUCAGGGGAUUCACUGUGAAACCUGCAAGGAGGGCUUUUACCUGAAUCACACUUCUGGGAUCUGUCUGCCAUGUGAAUGUAGUCCACAUGGAGCCCUCAGCAUACUCUGCAACAGUUCUGGGAAAUGCCAGUGUAAAGUAGGUGUCACCGGCUCUGCAUGUGAUCAAUGCCAAGAUGGAUAUUAUGGGUUUAGCAGGAGUGGCUGCUUGCCCUGCCAAUGCAAUAAUCGGUCUGCCAGUUGUGAUGCUCUCACAGGUGCUUGUUUAAACUGCCAGAGAAAUAGCAAAGGGAAUCACUGUGAAGAAUGCAAAGAAGGAUUUUACCAGAGUCCUGAUGCCACUAAAGAAUGUCUUCGCUGCCCUUGUUCAGAAGUGACAUCUACAGGCAGUUGUAUCUUAAAAUUGGGUGAAUUGGAACCUAAAUGUGUCCAGUGUAAAGAUGGUUACACAGGCCAGAACUGCAAUAAAUGUGAAAGUGGCUAUUACAAUUAUGACAGCAUCUGUAUGAAGUGCCAGUGUCAUGGCCAUGUGGACCCAGUUAAAACUCCCAAUAUUUGCAAGCCUGAGAGUGGUGAGUGCAUCAACUGCCUCCACAACACCACUGGGUUUUGGUGUGAGAACUGCCUAGAAGGUUAUGUUCGAGACCUCGAAGAAAAUUGCAUCAAGAAAGAAGUUAUUGUUCCAACACCUGAAGGUUCUACCAUUUUGGUUUCCAAUGCCUCUUUGACCACAUCAGUGCCCACCCCUGUUAUAAAUAGUACACUUACCCCCACAACCCUGCAAACUAUCUUUUCAGUAAGCUCUGCUGAAAACAGCACGUCAGCUUUAGCUGAUGUAUCAUGGACCCAAUUUAACAUCAUCAUUUUGACUGUCAUCAUCAUUGUGGUGGUGCUGCUGAUGGGAUUUGUGGGGGCUGUAUAUAUGUACCGGGAGUACCAAAACCGGAAACUCAAUGCCCCCUUUUGGACCAUCGAGCUGAAAGAAGACAAUAUCAGUUUCAGCAGCUAUCAUGACAGCAUUCCCAAUGCAGAUGUGUCAGGACUGUUGGAAGAUGAUGGCAAUGAAGUGGCUCCCAAUGGGCAACUGACCCUGACGACACCCAUGCAUAACUACAAAGCCUAAGGAGCUAGACCGGUUCUCCUGGAUUGUUAGACCCAGUGCUUACUAAGACAGCAUCAGUCCCUGGGCCAGAGAGCCUGGAUAGAGCUUGCUGAGAAAGCAAAGGCAUAUAGUGCAUUGAAGUUUUCAGGUACAAAUUCAUAAUGCACUUAGCCUAUUACUUUUAGUUUCCCAUGAAGACCUGAAGCAGUCACUGUCAAUAAGGACUUAAAGUAAAGUAUAUUUUUGUAUGAACCACAUGGGAGUAUAGAAAGGCUGAACCUAUAGUGCAGCCUUAAUUGCUUUGACCUCCAAAUAGACUCCUGGGGAGUAUUCACUCAACCAGCGGAAACAGGAUGAUGGAUGUGGAAGAAGAGAGGACUGCAGAAGACUUCAUCUCCAUUCCUGAAACAUUUUUUUAAAAAGGAGGAUCAGGGACAGUAUUCAUUUUACUGCACUAAAAGACAUAAUUGAGGAAAAGUUGAUGUCUGGGCUGUAUCACAAUAAACAAUCUAGGUUGUUUCUAGAAUAGGAGCAGAACAGUCCCAAGAAGGUCUUUAGAAGGGUUUCAUUUUUCCUUCCAGAAUUCUUGCUCAAUAAUAGGAUUAAAGCACAGUAUAAGCUGCUAAUGAUACAAAGAGGAAGGCAACAUCUGGGAGCAGGAAGCUGAUAGUCCUCCUUAGGAUCUCAGUGUAAAUGAUAAAUUGUCUAAAAAUAAGGAAUAUUCCUGCCUCUAGAGAAAUAAGUUGUACAUAGUUAAUGUAGCAUAUCUGGUCAACAUUGUAUUUGUAUCUAUUUGUAAAAAAAAAUCAUGUCAUAUUUUAUCAUCUAGAAUGUAUUUGUACAGCAGUUAAUGGUGUUGUAAAAAGAAAAUAUGGGAAUUGGUUAAAAUAAUGUAAAAUAGAUGGCAAUAUUGCUAGAGCUGGGACUCUGGUGAACAUCAGUCAUUUUUAGUCCCCCUUUGGACACUGUUGAAAUUUAUAAGAGGUUGAAUGUUUCUAAUUUUUCUUUCCCUUUCUCAUUUUAAAUGUAGAGUUAUGUGCUCUUUGACUUAUAGAUUCAAGCAAUAGAUUUUGAAGUCGGUGAUUGUUAACCUGGGACACAGGCUGUACUCUCCAAGCUACUCACGUAAUUAGACAUUAGCCACUCUCUAUAUUUUAUAUAGAUUAAUAUAGAACAUAUCCUCAUUAAAAAUGUUUUUAAUGUACAAGAUAGUCUUCCAAAGGAAUUAGAAAUAUUUUAGCUCCAAAAGAAAAGCCAUCAUGUCACUUGGCAUCCCAUUUUCAUGCCUGUGAAAUAUCGAUUCUCCCCCCCCCCCAAUAUUUCCUGUGUUUGAACAUAGUCUAUCACUUACAUGCCAUGAGGUAUGUACCAUCUCUCUGCAGGGCUGAAGUUCUCCUAUCUUCUUGUCCAAGUAAGGGUAGCACUGUAGUUGAGUGGAUAUGGCUAGACCUUGUUUUAGGUGCAGUGUUUUCCUAGAGGCCAUCCACUGUUGCUCUCAUCUAUUAUGAUAUCAACAGAUUGUGGAUUAAACAAGUCAGAAAAAGCAGCCAGAAGACAACUAUAGAUAUUUACUAGGCAGAACAGAAAACUAUCCAAGUGGUUAAAAAAGUAAAGACUUACUAGACCUAGGAAAUCUAAGUUGACCACUUUGCCAGCUUCCCCAGAGAAAACCCUGGAAUUUGGCCAUCCCUCUGUAGGAGACCACUAGGCUGUUCUCAGGGUAUGGAGAUGACGCUCUAGAGGAUAUACAGGCAGAUAGUCUAUGCCUGGUGCCCGGAGGUGGUCCGGAUAUUUGGCCAUUGCUCAUGAGAGUAGAAAUGACAUUAUGUUACAUUAUAUUAAAAUAAGUUAAUAUUUCUAUAGCUCUUUGCCAUUUGCAAAGCAUCUUUCCAUAUGUGUUUCUUUUGUUCCUCAUGAUAGCCCCUGAGGAAGUAAUUGCUGUCCCCAUUUUAUAGAUGAGGUUAAAUGUCUUGUUCAAGGCUACACAAUAUGUCAUUAUUACACUUGGAAUUGGGACUCCUAACUGAAGCACAAAUUUUUUCAACUGUGUGCUAAUGCAGAAAUUGCCUAACCACAGACACAAGAAGGCUGGGAAGAAGAGUCCCAUCUGUGAAUGUUUCUAAUUUUUUAACUGCAAGGUGCCUUCCAGGGCCGUACGGCUAUGAAGGACUUUGUAGAAAGAACACAGGAAGAUUACUAGCCAGUAUUAGUGAUAAGAAAAUAAAAAUACCAGUUUGUGCUUCAUUAAAGUGAACUAAUCCUUCUAAACAGGGAGAGAAAACCUGCUUUUUCCAAGAGCUGCCACAUAUGUAUAGAUUGUGCACUGCACAUUUUAAGGAAUUGUACAAAAUGGCAUACCUGCCUUUCUCCAGAUUACCACCCCUCAAAGCCUGGGAUUAAUGAUGGCAAGAAAUAAACAUUUGACAAACAGAAGUUGACCCAAUAGAAAAAAGAGUAUUUAUUGGGGUCCAAGAGUCAAAGCCAAGUAGUCCAGAUUCUGGCCAUGUAGUGAUUCCUUGAAAGAGACCUUAGAAAGUUUUGCAAAAAUUGAAGCACAAGAAUACUUAUGAACAGUCCUAGAUCAUGUUUUUAAUUUUUCCCAAUGGAAAAAAAUUAAGGACUUAAAACUUUUAAAAUAUUUCUUGUCCCCUCUUUUUUUCUGGUGGAAAUAAUUUUGCUCUAAAAUUUAAAUCAAUUCUGAAGUGAUUUACCACCAAAAUCAGACUAGAAAGCUAGCAUUUUACACAAUAUUUAUUCCUUUAAAGGCAUGAUCCCAUGAACUAGGGCAUUCUGCACGAGGAUCCCAUCAAUCCUUUAGAAAGACUAGUAUCAGAAGAGUUUUUGUCUAAAGAUUAGAAAUGUGCUUAUUUUCAAAUGAGACUAGUGUGAAUCUUAUUGAUAAAUGACAGAUACUGCCACUAAGUAAUACUUUUAUCUUCAUUAGUUCACUUUAGCAAGCACUUAAGCAUUUCUGACAGAUGCCCUAGGUGGUGGGCUAAGUACGCGUCUGUUGUCCCUUAUUUCCCCUCCCUCCCUUCCUGUAUCCUCUAGCUCCCAGAGGUCUUUUAUUAAUGGGGUUUCUCCAGUUAUAGAAAAUAAUGGUAAUAAAUACUAAACCUCAUUUCUGCUAAGGUCCUGUGGACUUAAUGCGCUACUCUUAGGGAUACCAGAAUAAGAGGGGAUAAAAGAGUAGGCAAGAGGAGAGAAAUUUUCUUAAGACGGGGUUUAUACAAGCAUCAAAUUAUAUAGCUACUUUCUACCCAAUAUUCCCAGGAAAAUUGAUCGUUAAAGCACCAUUCACUGACCCCUGAGUUCAUUUUGGUCAGCUGAGUUGGUCACUUUGGAGGCAGAAAACUAAACAACAGUACUUCCUCCUGACAGCCUCAGUUGGGAUUGGGUGGUUAGAUUAUUUACCUUAGUUCUACAUUUUUUUGUAGGACACAUGGUGAACAUAAUGUGUCCUACAUUACAAGUGUGUAAUGAACAUUCCCUGGUUCAUACAUUUUGAAGUAUAUGGAUAGGAGUUGAAUUUACAAAUCUCAAAGAAAGCUCUCUGACAAAAGUUCAGAGAAGUAAAAAGCAACCAAAUGUAACUUGUUAGGAGUGAGGAAAGCGUUUCUGGCCUCAUCCAUGAAGAACCUUUGGUCUGUUAGGAUUUUGUUAAUAGUAAGGAGUUUGGGAGCUAAGAUGAGUUUGGUGUGUGCAGGGGAGUAAUAAUGGACGAUUAAUGCAAGUUUUCUCUUUAACCCUGAGCCAAUGACUGACUGUGCCAAGGGGAAAAGCAGGAGGAACACGCUGAUUCAUCUCAAGAAGUCAAAUAAUAUCAAAUGGGUUACAGGCUAUGGAUCAUUAAAAUGUCAGCAGCUGAAUAAUGCUCUCAGAGGCAGCUGGAAAUCUGGCUUACGCGCCGUAACUGCAACAGCAGCCCUGGAAUGUGAGCCCAGGGCUCCAGAUUUAAGUUAAUGCAAAAGCUAAACGAUUUAAAGUUAAAUUUUAAUGCAAGGCACAAGCACUCUGUAAUACAUUAAACUUCAGCCCAAGCAAUUAGGGAAUAUUUCUGAAACAUUAAACUUGUAUUUAUGUCACUAAAAUUCUAACAUAAAUUUUAAAAAUGUGUUCUCAUACAUAUGCUGUACUAGGCUUCAUGAUGCAUUUCUAAAUUUGUGUAUGAUUUGAAUAUAUAAAAGAAUUUAUACAAGAGUGUUAUUUAAAAUUAUUAAAAAUAAAUGUAUAUAAUUUGUA